CAAAAUGAGCUUAGAAAGUAUUAAGAAAACGAGAAGCAUUUUCCCAGAACGUUUUACAAAAUUACACUUUAUAGAGCUUGCGUGUUAUUUUCCCAAUAAUUUUCUUUCUGUUGAAAAAAAAGAAUAGAAGGGAAAAAAAAAUUUACUUCAUUUGUCAUGAAUAAUUCGAUUGAAACACAUCGACUUUUUUUGAACAAAAGUAUUUCUAUUCUCAGACAUUGUGGUAUUUUUGAUUUUAAGGAUUCAACGUCCAUGUAUCGUAAAAUAUUUAUUUACUUUAUAAUAUUAUUCAGUCAAAGUAUGACACUUAUUUAUGGCUUAACAAUUGUUGCUGAUGCUGUGGCUAAUUGCACUGAUUUGAUGAUUGUCGCAUCUGAUGGAUGUAUCAUCGCUGGAUGGAUUUUGGUAUAUUUUAAAAUACAAAAAUCGUACAGUGUACGUCACAAAAUAUUGAAACUUAUUAAUGAUAUUCGUAAUCCUAUUGAUGUACUACUUAAGUCACAUGAUUUAGGAGUAUUGAUUCUCGUAAAAGAGUACACGAUUUUUGAAACAAUGGAUUGCUACCUAGUGAUCAGCUGCACCGUAUUUUUGGGAACAGUAUUAAUAUUUCUAUCCUUAUUGACUGGAGAUUUACCUUGCAGAGCUAUUUUUCCGUUUGACACAACGAUAUCACCGUUUUUUGAAAUUGCAUAUUUCAUUCAGUCUUACGCAACAGCCUUCAAUCUCGUUAGUUUGAUGACCCUAGAAUUCAUAAGCCUAGAAUUUCUACGGUGGACGACAGUUCAAUUCAAAAUUCUGUCAUCAAAUUAUCAGAAUUGCACUAGUGUGCCACUAAAACCUAUUUUAUCUUUCGGCUUUACCCGGGACACCAUCGAUGACAUCACAGUAUUUAACGUAUUGAAUAUCGAGGACGAACAGAAAAAAAUUAAUAGCUUUGUAGCAUUUGAAGAAAGAGAAAUAGAUAUUAUCAAUGACUGUUUCAAAUGGAGAUUCAAAAAUUGCAUAAAACAUCAUUGGAGACUUAUUACAAUAAUAAAUAAUCUCAACAAUACAUUUAGCUCCUGUCUGAUGGCGCAACUUGGUGGUAGUCUAUUUAUUAUGUGUCUCAAUGGUUAUUUGGCAGUAACGUUUUCUGAUAAUAAACAAAUAUUAGUCAGAGCUGUUAUAUAUUUACUUGGUGGAUUUCUUCAUUUACUAUACUGGUGUGCUUUAGGCAAUGAACUCAAAUUUCAGGCUGAUUUUUUGACAACUUCGCAGUGGAUGUCUGGCUGGGAAAAUAAAUACGAUAGUAGUAUUAAAAAUCUUGUUACAACAUCAAUGAUAAAAACAAUGCAGCCAUUGGAAAUGCGUGCUGGAGGGCUAUUUGUUUUAACCAUGGAAACAUUCAUAUCAAUCUUGAAGAGUUCAUAUUCUGUUUUUGUGUUACUUACAUCAGUCUCCAAUUAAGUUGUAAUUAAAUCUACUGACAGCUUUUCUAUGACACAUUUAUUUAUACAAUAUUUAAAAAUGUUUAUUUAAUCAAUGAAUACUUAUCGUAGAGAAAUAAUUAAUGUAACAUCAUAUCAAUAAACACCUUAAGGUAAA